CCGAGUUCGGCGCCGAAUACACGCACGGCCUGCGGAGGGAGAGACUGGGGGUGAAGCCGACGCCGUUUGAGCGAUGUGAUCUGAAGUCAUGGGUCGUUUCGCUUCUGCUCCAGGAUCCCACCCGAGUUGUCAGCCCUGUUAUUGACAUCAUCAACUUGGACACUUUUGCCUAUGUGGCGGCUUCCUCGGACCUCAGAGGAGGUUUUGACUGGAGUCUGCAUUUCAAAUGGGAGCAGCUUUCUCCAGAGCAGAAAGCCAAACGACUUGAUCCCACCGAACCCAUUAAGACUCCCAUCAUUGCCGGGGGGCUGUUUGUGAUCGAUAAAGCCUGGUUCAACCACCUGGGGAAGUACGACAGUGCCAUGGACAUCUGGGGUGGGGAGAACUUCGAAAUCUCUUUCCGUGUGUGGAUGUGUGGAGGGAGCCUGGAAAUCAUCCCCUGCAGCCGCGUUGGACAUGUCUUCCGGAAGAAACAUCCGUAUGUCUUUCCAGAGGGAAAUGCCAACACAUACAUUAAAAACACCAAGCGCACCGCAGAGGUGUGGAUGGAUGAAUUCAAGCAGUAUUACUACGCGGCUCGUCCCGCAGCCCAAGGGAGACCUUAUGGAAAUGUCCAGAGCAGAGUGGAGCUGCGGAAGAGGUUGAAAUGCCACAGCUUCAAGUGGUACCUGGAAAACGUUUAUCCUGAACUUCGGAUUCCCGAGGAAUCACUCUAUCAGACUGGGAUGAUCAGGCAAAGACAGAGCUGCCUGGAGUCGCACAAGUCUGAAGCCCAAGAGUUUCCCGUCCUGAGCUUAAAUCCUUGCAUCAGCAGCAAAGGCACGUCAGCAACAGCACAGGAAUGGACAUACACAUACAACCACCAAGUCCGCCAGCAGCAGCUGUGCUUGUCUGUGUACACCCUCUUCCCCGGUUCCCAGGUGCUGCUGUCACCUUGCAAAGAAGGUGACAACAAGCAGCGAUGGGGUAAAGUUGGGUCACACAUUGAACACAUAGCUUCACGCUUCUGUUUGGACACUGAGACAAUUGGGGACACGAAUGAGAGCACCAAAGAGCUUGUCAUCAACCCUUGCGAGAGCACAGCCAUGAGUCAGCGCUGGGACAUGGUGAUGUCUUGACCUGCUUGAGGACUUACACGGCGGGGAUGGGCACUGAGACGUUGCUACAGGCAGCCAAGAUGCACCAGAUGGAGCUCAAAUGCAAAACCAUUGGGGGUCCUCGUGUAUUAUGGGACAGGAGAAGAAUCAUUGAAAUAAAAAUAAGGACAUGGCACUCCAGGUUGAACAACAGAUGUUGUCUGCAAGGCGUGUAGCCGUUAUUGGCCUGUUGGCGGUCAUAACAUUCAAAGAUGGCAAAAAACCAAACUUGAAAUGUUUUAGAGGGGUACCAGAGCUCCUGCGAUGGGCCCUACAGAAGUUUGGUGUGCACAGUAUUUAUUAAUCUCUUUGGAAACACAGGUAGAAGAGCCUUGGAGACCAAAAGGAGACUUGGACUCAGCAAAACAAGCAUCUCAAUAG